AUGUCUUCGAACCCUCAGGAAGAUGCUGACCGUAUUCGCUUGAAGCGACUGGCGAAGCUGCAGACCACAGGCCCCACACCGCCUGCAUCGACUUCAUCGACGCCUCCUCCUGCACCGGCACAAGCAGCAAAGCCUAAGAUCGCUCAGCAAGUCGUGCAGAAGAGAACUUCUGAAGUACCCCGAGCCGCUUCCCCCGUGCCGAGGAAGAGGGCUCCGAAUGUGCUUAUUCAUUUAGAUUUCCCUAAUUGGGAGAAUGAGACAAUCAGCUAUGUCCUGAAUGUGACACUGAGUAAAGACGCCGCUGAGAAGAGUGGCUGGGAGACCGUGUGGCUAAAGCAUUUGGCAGCCGAGCUUGAGUCGGAAGACCAAAGUAUUUUGCAAGCCGACAUCGCCGACCGCGUCCUGAUUGCUAGGUUAGAAUUGGACCCUCAAUCCAUGUCGGAUGAUCUGGAAUACGUUGCUGUCAUCGCCUCCCUCCCUGCUCAGCAGACUGUCUUUGAAUACCUAGUCGGAUGUUGGAAACGGCUGAACUCUUCCAAGUCUGCAUUACUCAAGAAGGGAUAUCCGCCUAUGGAGGUGCAGCGAGCAAAUGAAGUAUUAGAGAAGCUGCGCGACCUGAUCAUAUCCUAUGCUGGAUUAUCAUUACAAGAGCCAGAGAUGUUUCCUCAGCCAACGGGGCGUGAGCCCGGACCGCCAGAACUAGUGGCACCUCUCCUUUCCCUUUCGUCUCUGUCAGCUCCGCUCCUUGGCUCAACAUCCUCUUCCCCCAACACCCUGACACCAUCCGAAGUCGAGCCAUUCCUGCAAGAUCUCGCGAAGAGAUUCGAGCCAGAGAAUGAGGUCGACGGUGUUCUCGGACCUGUGAUCACCCAACUGUGUUUUCACGAGUCGCUAUUCCGUCCCGAGGGUCUCGCCGGCGGUGAUGGCAGCUGGCGAGGUGUCAUUGGCGGCUUGGAGGUGCUUGUUAGCAUCAAGAGCAUUGCUUGCAUGAUUACGCGGCAUCAGCUCUGGAAUCCAGAAGGAGCGACCCCUCCGACGUUCGAACAUGUCAGCCUCCUCGGACCUCUCCUGAAGCUGGGAGUCUUUGAGAGGGAGUGGCCAACGAUUGCGAACACGUACUAUUCCAAACCCAAGGACCGGUCUGCAAGUGACGUCGAGUCUUCAACAGCGAGUCUGCGAGGAACUCUGAAGAGUCUACAGUCCUCGUUGUUCCAAAUCUUUAACGCCCUCCUUCGUGCUUCGCCCGAGUCCAGGGAAGCCGUCCUACAGUAUUUCGCACGUAUUGUCGCUUUGAAUGACAGGAGGGCCGGAAUGCAGGUGCAACCGGAGACCGUCGCGUCGGACAGUUUCAUGGUCAACGCGCAAGCGAUUCUAUUCCGGUUUUGCGAGCCGUUUAUGGACGCAAACUACACGAAGGUAGAUCGCAUCGACGCGGCCUAUUACGCCCAUUCUUCUCGUAUCAGUCUGAAGGAGGAGACGAGGAUCAAUGCGACGAGUGAGGAGGCGGAGCAAUGGCGACAGCAGAAUGAAGGAACUGGUGGACCUCCAAACUUCAUAUCUGAGAUAUUCUAUCUUACUCUCGCGAUGAACCACUAUGGCUACCAGAAGACGAUCUCAACUUUCGAAGAUUUGGCUAGGCAGUAUGACGAGAUGAAUCGGCACUUAGAGAUGCUUGAAGGUGAUGGGUCGUGGAGAGGGUCACCCCUCCAAGCGCGCACAGAACAUGCGAUUAAUGCAGUCAAGGCUGAGUUAGAGAAAGUGCUAACAACUCAGCUUGCAUAUACAACACAAUUAUCGGAGCCCGAGCUUGUCUUCCGAUCAGUUAGCUUCGUCAAUUUCGUCUCUAUGUGGUUGAUACGUCAAGUGGACCCUAAACAUUCCCAUCCGAACCCUCCUGUAGAAUUGCCCCUACCCACGGAGGUUCCUCAGUCAUUCAAGGUGCUGCCCGAGUAUCUCAUUGAGGAUAUCGUGGAUUAUCAGCUCUACGUAGUCCGGCAGAGCCCAGACAGCCUGGAGUUGUCUGGCAAGAAUGAGCUGCUCAUCUGGGCUCUUACGUUUCUCACGUCCACUUGGUAUAUCAAGAACCCAUUCCUGAAGGCGAAACUUGUGGAGGUCCUUUUCUAUGCAACAUUGAGCUGGGGUCAGCACCGCAGCAUCCUUGCUGCCACACUGAACAGCCAUGCUAUGGCGCUGAAGUACCUGAUACCUGCUCUGACACACUUUUACAUAGAGGUCGAACAAACCGGUGCCAGCUCACAGUUCUAUGACAAAUUCAGUGACCGGAACAUUGCGUACUUAUUCAAAGCAAUUUGGGACAAUCCGGUCCACCGAGCAGCUCUCAAGGAUGAAGCGAAAAAUAAUAUUGACAAAUUCAUUCGUUUCGUGAACUUGAUGAUCAACGAUGUGACCUACCUAAUGGACGAGUCACUCUCCGAACUGGCGAAGAUCCACGAGAUUCAAACCGAAAUGGAGGACACUCAGACUUACAACUCGAAGUCUUUGCAAUAUCGUCGAGAACGCGAGGGGGCUCUGCGGACACUAGAGCGCCAUGCAUCCGGUUAUGUGCAACUAGGCAACUCGACAGUCGAUCUGCUGAAGCUUUUUACGGGUGAGACGAAGGAGCCCUUCAUGGUUCCUGAGAUUGUGGAUCGUCUCGCUGCCAUGCUUGAUUACAACCUCGAUGCACUGGUCGGACCCAAAUGUCAAGAUCUCAUUGUGAAGAAUCCGGAGAAGUACAAAUUCAACCCCAGGCAGCUUCUCAGUGAUAUCUUACAGGUAUAUCUUAACCUGAGCGAUCAGGGCGAGUUCGCAAGGGCAGUUGCAGCGGACGGUCGCAGCUACCGCAAAGAACUGUUUGAACAUGCAGCUGGUAUUGCGAAGCGGAGAGUCCUCAAGAGCGACACCGAAAUCGAGAAACUACUCAUGUUUGUCGUCAAGGUUGAAGAGAUGAAAGCCACUAUUGAAGCCGAGGAGGACCUGGGAGAGAUUCCUGAUGAAUUCCUCGACCCGCUCAUGUAUACUCUCAUGCGUGAUCCAGUCACGCUACCUUCGUCGCACGCGGUCCUUGAUCGCUCUACUAUCAAGUCGCAUCUGCUGUCGGACGCGAAAGAUCCCUUCAAUCGAAUGCCGCUAUCCCUCGAAGACGUCAUUCCUAAUGUUGAGCUUAAGCAACGUAUCGAUGCAUUUCUGGCUGAAAGGCGGAAUAAGGACACCGCCUUGGACAAGCCCGCGGAGGAAGUAGUGAAGAUGGAUGUUACCGAGGAUUGAAGCAGGUUGUGUAAGAGCGGAUGGAUCCUGUACCAAUACACUGACGGCAUGGAGAAUUCUCCCAAGAAUCAUGCAUAUAUAGACCUGUAUUGCUUGCUAGCAGCACUCUCAGAUGUAGUAGUUCGUCACAGCCACGUAGCAGCAGCGACACAGCACUGAAUGAUGGCCAAAAAACUAGCAAGCGUGAAGGUAAGCA